AUGAGUUCGCCACCUAAAUCCCCUCGUAAGGGCUGCAACUCAGGUACAAAACGCAAAAAUGGUGGUUCGGGUCCUUCGGGAUGUUCGAGGACUUCAAGUUCAAGUACACUACGACGUGCAUCAUCGGAUGAUCCACAACCAGAACUGGGCAGUGAAAAUGCCACGUUCGAGGAAGAACCCGUGGAAACAUCUAAUGCAUAUGAAGAUGAAGAAGGAGAAUCGGAUGAAAGAGAUGAUGGGGUUCCGAGAAAAAAGAUUAAAAGAAGGGUAGAGGCAUGGAAGCACUUUGAUCUGAUAAGGGAUAAAAAUGGCAUGCAAAGGGCAAAAUGCAAGCAUUGUGAAAAAAGUUACGCGGCCCAUACGAAAUUGAACGGUACGUCUUCUAUGAAUCACCAUAUGAGCAAGUGCAAAGGUCAUCCUAAAAGGUGA